CCCCGUUUCUCCCGACGCUCACAUCUCCACCUUUUGCUGCAACCUGUUAAAUCCUGAAAUCGGCCCUGCGCCCUCAUUUGCUGCCCCAGCCCCGGGAGGUGGUCGCUCGGCUCUGUGAGGCCGUACCGAGGGCAGCCCUUUAUUUCCCGGGGAGGAAUGCAUUUCAAGCGAGACGUGGAAAGCAGUCGGGGUACUGUCAGCCACGGGAACUUCUUUUCGACUUAGGACGUUGUUUCUGAUUUUAGUUUCUCAGCCGUGACCUCAUGGGGGCAUUGACGUCUUUGUGAGAUGUCAGCGAGGGUGUGCUGAUGUUUCUUUGAACCCAAGCUUUUGUUCGAAUUCCCUCGGUAACUCUUUAAAAUAGUCAGAGAAAGGCUUCUUAACUUACUCUGUGGGUUUGAUUUCUGCAUUUCUCUAAGUUUCAUCUGCUUUUAGAACGUCUCUGAAAAGCCGGGGUUCUGAUUCCUUGAGGCUUCCUUGGGGAGCAGGAAGUGGAGAGCUUUUCUGUCACUCACCUCGGCAUGGUUCUGAAAGCUGACUGGAAAUGGUAGCUUUAUGAGCUUUGUUUCUUCAGAACCCCUCAGCUUCUGGACACGCACAUUUGUGCACAUUCCCUGACUGACAACUGUAGUAAAACCUUUCUCAAUUGAAUUUUAUUAGAUGAAAGACAAUGCCUCUUGUUGGUAUUUAUCUUUAUAAUGAUUGUGCAUUGUAGGCUUUCUGGCUGGUUGUUUGGAUUGGUAUUUCCCAUAUGAGGAAACAACCACAGAGAGCAAAUUUGGCAUUUUCAAAAAAGGUCGCCAAGUGUAAUAACCACAACUUGUGGAUUUAGCAGCUCUUUUCUGGUUAUAGCAAGCAUUCCCAGCUUUUCUGUGCAUCUUGUGGAGAGGGAGACAAAAGUCUCAAGGCAUGUAUCCAAAAUGGCCAGGUCUAUGAGCCUCUGGACUAAACGCACUACCUACAGCAAGACAUCAAGGUGUUUGCUAGACAGUUGUACGCUCUUCAAAUAUUCACUGAGCCACGUGGCUUCCUUUGAAAGUUAACUGGCUUUACCAGGAAACCAUUUUUCACAUUAAUGCUGUAUCCUGACUCUCCUAUGAGAAAAAAUAAAAUGGGGGAGGCUGUACACAGACCUGAUCAUCUGUUGAGAGAUGACGUUUCUUAAUAUUUUAAACCUACAGAAGGGUAUUCUGUUAGGCUUCGGAUUUUGACUGGAAAAACUCCCAGCAGCACUCUCCAGCCAUUUUCUCUGGAAAGCCUGUUCUUCUAUAGGACUUGGAGUUGUUUACAACAGGCCCUCCAACUGAUACAGUAAUUUUACACUAUUCUAGUAAAAAAGAGGUGCUUCCUUAAAAUAAACAACUGUGUGUGGGGAAACCUGCGAAAUCCAGGCCACCCUGUACAUCUCUAAACUAAGUGUUACUGUUUUCAUUUUUCAGUGGCUUGAAUACUUGAAAAUAUGGGGUUGUAGAGGUAAAUUCUGCCGAACAAUCAUAAUGCCACUCUUUGUUCUGUUUAAGUAUGAUCCUGUCAAAGAUUGCGUGCCUUUGUAGUAGAUGUUAAAUAUUUGGAACUGAUAACUAAACAGUUAAACAGGUUUACAGUAUAUUUUUAUUUUCUAAUACCAUAUUGAUUGCUUUUGGAUGGAAGCUGGAGUUACAACUGAGUUACACAGACAUAAUAAAUUUCAUAGAUUUGCAGUGGCAAAGGGCUUGCUACUGAAGAUAUCAAAGAGUUAAUGUGGCUGUAACAGUUUGAUUGCAUUGGGAAUAGUGAAAUUUUGUAGGUCACUAGUGUACCUGUGAAGGGCAGAAGGCAUGAUAGUGGUGUCUGUUUCAAAAUCAUGUGGUCUCUAUUGAGAAAUGCAAAUGCUGUGGCAUAGAGAGAAUACGAGUGAACAGAAGGCCUGUUAGUGUGUAGACCAUUGAACAGUAAGACUUAACCCUGUGUAUGUAAAAACUAUGUUCAGGCAUAAACUUGUUCCUUAACGCUGGGCUAGAGCAGACGUAACAGGAGAGAAUGCAUAGGGUUGGGAAACGUUAAGGGGCAGAAGUGGAAGGAGAAAUAAUCCUCGGUGACACAGACCUGAGGCAGGGAAGAUGCAUCGUCAGACUCCAGGAUUACGUUUUUGGGAGUUGCUGUUUAACCAUGUUUGCCAGUCUGGAAUUACCUGAAGACCUGUUGCAUGUCACAAAAUACUGAAGUUGUGGAAUUUGUUUUGGUCAACUGGAAUACUUCUCAAGUCAAGUGCAGCAGCAUUCUGUCAGGAAACCACUUCUGCUUGUUCUAGUGGACGAACAGCUUGGAUACUGCAAUGGCCACCAUUUUCAAAGUCAUACAGUUUGUCUCACAGACCCUAGCAUUGGGUCACCUGCAUCAUCUUAAUGUCUGACAGGCUCCCAUUGUUGGAAACAAUGGUUUUGGAUGAUCUACCUAACUUAAAAGAUACAUAUGCCUCCUUGUACUCCUCAGCUAUGGAAGACUUAGAGGUGGAUUUUGAUUCAGGACUGGAGGAAGAUGAACUGAAACAGGAGGCUGCUCCUGAGGAUUCCACGAUCUUUGUAGCUUUUAAAGGAAAUAUAGGUGACAGAGACUUUGAGCAGAAGCUAGAUACCAUAUUGGAGAAUGUGCCUGGCCUUUUACACAUGGAAUCCAACAAGUUAAAACUGCAGAAGAUAGAGCCUUGGAACAGUGUCCGCGUUACCUUCAAUAUACCCCGUGAAGCUGCUGAGCGGCUGCGAAUUCUGGCUCAGAAUAAUAACCAACAGCUUCGUGACCUGGGAAUUCUCUCAGUUCAAAUUGAAGGGGAAGGUGCUAUCAAUUUAGCUUUAGCUCAAAACAGAAGCCAAGAUGUCCGAAUCAAUGGGCCCCUGGGAGCAAGCAACUCAGUGCGAAUGGAAACGGGGUUUCCCAUGCAAGGAGGACAAGGUUUAAUAAGAAUGAGCAAUGCUGCAGCUGUCAUGAUGUCCCAGAGUGGAAAUGUGCCUUCCUCUAUGGUGGCAAGUGGUGCUAGUGCUGAGCUGCAGCCAAGAACACCCCGGCCUUCCUCACAGCCAGGUGAUGCAAUGGACCCACUCUUAUCUGGGCUAAAUAUCCAGCAGCAAAAUCAUCCAUCUGGAUCUUUAGCUCCCCAGCUCCAUUCAAUGCAGUCAGUUCCUGUAAACAGGCAGAUGAACUCAGCCAACUUUCAGCAGCUACAGCAGCAGACGCAGUUGCAGACACGUCCUCCCCAGCCACAUCAGCAGCCACAGCAGGGUAUUCGACCUUCAUUUACUUCACCAGCACAGGUUCCAGUUCCCCCUGGCUGGAACCAGCUUCCUUCAGGAGCACUUCAGCCUCCUCCAACCCAGGGAGCAUUGGGUACAUUGACAGUAAACCAGGGUUGGAAAAAGGCCCCAUUGCCUGGACAAAUGCAGCAGCAACUUCAAGCAAGACCAUCUCUAGCAACAGUACAAACUCCUACUCAUCCUCCACCUCCAUAUCCUUUUGGAAGCCAGCAAGCGUCCCAGGCUCACUCAAACUUUCCCCAAAUGAGCAAUCCUGGCCAGUUUACUGCUCCUCAAAUGAAAAGCCUUCAGGGAGGGCCCUCACGGGUUCCUACGCCACUACAACAACCCCACCUGACCAACAAGUCUCCUGCUUCCUCUCCCUCCUCCUUCCAGCAGGGAUCUCCUGCAUCAUCUCCAACAGUUAACCAGACGCAGCAGCAGAUGGGACCAAGGCCUCCCCAGGGUAGCACAGUUCCCCAGGGAUUUCAGCAGCCUGUCAGUUCUCCUAGUCGUAAUCCUAUGGUGCAACAGGGGAACGUACCCCCCAACUUCAUGGUGAUGCAGCAGCAAAACCAAGGUCCACAAGGUUUACACCCUGGUUUAGGAGGAAUACCCAAGCGCCUCCCCCCAGGGUUCCCUGCAGGCCAGGCUAACCAGAACUUCAUGCAAGGUCAGGUGCCUUCCACAGCUCCAGGAACACCAGUGAACAGUGGAGCGCCGCAGCUGCAAACUAGCCAAAACGUGCAGCACACAGGUGGCCAAGGAUCUGGACCUCCUCAAAAUCAGAUGCAAGCACCACAUGGCCCACCAAAUAUGGUGCAGACCAAUCUAAUGGGACUUCAUGGAAAUAUGAACAACCAGCAGGCUGGUGCUAGUGGGGUGCCGCAAGUUAACAUGGGCAACAUACAGGGACAGCCUCAGCAAGGACCACAGUCUCAGCUUAUGGGAAUGCAUCAGCAAAUUGUAUCCUCUCAAGGACAGAUGGUAAACAUUCAGGCUCAGGGAUCGCUGAAUCCUCAAAACCAGAUGAUACUUUCUCGAACUCAGCUCAUGCCACAAGGCCAAAUGAUGGUGACACCACAAAACCAAAAUCUUGGUCCUUCUCCUCAAAGGAUGACCCCACCCAAACAGAUGAUUCCCCAGCAGGGACAACAGAUGAUGUCUACACACAAUCAGAUGAUGGGACCUCAGGGCCAGGUCUUGUUGCAGCAAAACUCAAUGAUGGAGCAGAUGAUGACCACUCAGAUGCAAGGAAAUAAACAGCCUUUUAGUACUCAAAACCAGUCCAAUGUUAUGACGGGGCCAGCUCAACUGAUGAGAGGACCAACCCCAAACAUGCAAGGAAACAUGGUGCAGUUCACUGGGCAGAUGAUGGCACAGCAAGGCCCUGUGAAUGGUAAUCCUUCUCAGGUUAUGGGAAUUCAAGGGCAAGUUUUAAGACCCACUGGACCUGGUCCUCACAUAUCUCAGCAACUUGGGGAUACUACUACUACAACAAAUAAUGAUGUGAACUUGACACAGAUGUUACCGGAUGUUCCUGUGCAGCAGCCAAACAUGGUGCCUUCUCACAUGCAAGCAAUGCAAGGAAACAACAAUGCUUCAGGGAGUCAUUUCUCUGGCCAUGGGCUGCCUUUCAAUACAGGGUUUAGUGGAACGCCAAAUGGGAAUCAGAUUUCCUGUGGGCAGAAUCCUGUUUUUCCUGUCAAUAAAGAUGUUACACUCACAAGUCCGCUCUUGGUUAACCUUCUACAAAGCGAUAUAUCAGCAGGGCACUUUGGUGUGAACAACAAACAAAAUAAUCAGAAUGCCAACAAGCCGAAGAAGAAGAAGCCUCCAAGGAAGAAGAAAAAUAAUCAACAACUAGAACAAACAACUUCUUCAGAACCACGUCCAGCUGGCCUGGAGGAGAGUGAUCAGUCAUCGAUGUCUGGAGAACAAGGAAUGAAUUUAGAUAAUUCAGGCCCUAAACUUUCAGAUUUUGCAAGUAGGCCACCAGGUUAUCCAUCUCAGCCGGUGGAACAAAGACCACUUCAGCAGAUGCCACCUCAACUCAUGCCACAUACACAGCAGCCACAGCAGCAGCAGCAGCCACAGCCACCACCACAGCAAGCCCAGGCACCACCACAAACACCACAGCAACAGCAGCAGAUGAUGAUGAUGCUUAUGAUGCAGCAGGAUCCCAAAUCAGUCAGGCUUCCUGUACCACAAGGAGUUCACCCACCUAGAGGGCCUCUGAAUCCAGAUGCUCAACGAAUGCCAAUGCAGCAAAGCAGUAACAUGCCAGUAAUGGUUAACCUCCAAGGUCCUGGAUCAGUGCCUCCAUCUCCUGAUAAACAAAGAAUUUCCUUGCCAGGCAAUCCUCCUCUGGGAAAUAAUGCAAGAAAAAUGGUUUAUCAAGAUAAUGUACAGAAUCCUUCCAGCUCACCCCUUGGAGAGGUUUCAUCAGUAUCCUCCCUUCCAGAAGGAGGUGGAGCUGAAGGCCCCCCAGCAUCAGUAGCUCAGAAUAAUUUGACAUCUCAUUUAGUAGUUUCACAGAACCAAUUAAUGAUGACGGGACCCAAACCUGGACUGUCUCCACUUUCAACUGCACAAGGUGCAAGUCCCCAGCAGCAGUCUAAUUCUCUGCCUAGUGCUCUUACACACCAUUUUCCAAAUGUUGCCACCCCAUCACAAACUUCAAGGCCUAAAACCCCAAACAGAGCAAGCCCAAGGCCAUACUAUCCUCAGACUCCUAAUAAUCGUCCGCCUAGCACAGAACCAUCAGAAAUUAGCUUGUCUCCAGAGAGACUCAAUGCUUCUAUAGCUGGUCUGUUCCCUCCCCAGAUUAAUAUUCCUUUACCUCCCAGGCCUAAUCUCAAUAGAGGAUUUGAUCAGCAGGGUCUUAAUCCCACUACUUUGAAGGCCAUUGGACAAGCCCCAUCAAAUCUCACAAUUAACAAUCAGUCUAGUUUUGCUGCUCCACAGUCACACAAAUUGGAAGGCGUGGUCAUUAAUUCAGGAAAACAAACCAACACUGGAGGAACAAAGAGAGCAAGUCCAAGCAAUAGUCGAAGGUCUAGUCCUGGAUCCAGUAGGAAAACUACACCAAGCCCUGGCAGACAGAAUUCAAAAGCAGCUAAAUUAUCAUUGACAACUCAGCAGAACCCAUCUCUCUUGCAGAACAUGGAAUUACAAAGAAAUAUGAUGGCUGGUCCCUCUUCUUUGCCGACACCUGUGACUACAAGUUUUCAAAAUAAUAACAUGCUAAGUAAUCAGAAUCCUGCUAUUUCUGCACCUGCUAUGACUGGCAUUCCUGAAGACAAUAAAGAGAGCCUUAGUGUGCCUCAAGAUAAUGAGUGUCAAAGUGCACAAGGUGUCCAAGGUAACAAAGACCAGCCGAGUAUUGAACUAAAAGGUAUCCCUACUCCAGAAAUGAAAAUGUUGGUUUCAGAAGAACAGUCAAAAAAAGAUGGGCAAGCCUUAGACACCAGUAAGCUUCCAGUCAUGGAGGAAAGUAAAACCAUGGUAUCUCCAGCUAUGAGGGAGGCACCAACUUCUUUAAGUCAACUUCUUGAUAAUUCUGGAGCUCCUAAUGUAACCAUUAAGCCCCCUGGGCUGACUGGUCUUGAAAUGGCACCGAUAGUCACUACUGGUGAGGAGCUAAAGAAGAUAGCUGUCAUUCCUCCACUACAAGAUUCAUCCUUGAGCAAAGAGCCAUCUAAUUCACUUAGCUUGCCUCAAAAUAAUGAGCCCUGUUCAAAUCCAGGGCACCAGGAACUGGGAGAAAUGAACUCAAAUGUUGCACAGAGUGUUCCUCCAGUAAUGCAAAGGCCUGUCAGCUCUUCUAUUUCAGGUUCUUUACCCCCCAACCAGAUAACAGUUUUUGUAACUUCAAACCCUAUUACAUCUUCUGCUAAUACAUCAGCACCGUUGCCAUCUCACUUGCAACCUGCGUUGGUGUCGACUGUUGUCACAAUGCCCAACGUAGGGAGCAAAGUUAUGGUUUCUGAGGGACAGUCAGCAGUUCAGUCUAACUCCCGGCCACAGUUCAUUACACCCGUUUUUAUAAACUCAUCGUCAAUAAUUCAAGUUAUGAAGGGCUCUCAAUCAAGUACGAUUCCAGCAGCCCCGAUGACUUCUAACUCUAGUCUAAUGCCUCAGUCAGUUGCGGUUGUUGGUCCUUUGCACAUACCGCAGAAUAUAAAGUUCUCUGGGCCCGCUCCUCCCAGCACAUCGUCCAGCAGUCCUGUUUCUAGUAUUCCCACCAGCAGGCCACUGGUUCUUAAUCCCUUGGCACCUCCUAUUCAGCUGUCUUCUCCUGCUACAACUUCUUCCAAUGUUCCUUCACAUCCUCCUGCUCAGCAAGUCAAAGACUUCAGCCCAGAGGAGACCACUUCUCAAAGUGGUGGGUCAAGCGACCAGGGCUCUGUUACAGCAAUGCAGUCUGGACCUGUGGUUUCACCUCUUCUUACGAGUAGUCCAGGAUCUGGGAACAGACGCAGUCCUGUUUCUUCGAGUAAGGGAAAGGGAAAAGUAGACAAGAUUGGCCAACUCUUGCUGACUAAAGCAUGCAAGAAAGUCACUGGCUCCCUUGAGAAAGGGGAAGAGCAAUAUGCUUUGGAUGGAGAAGCAGAAGGUCAGGGACUAGAAAUGUCAGUCCCAAAUAGUUUGGGAACAGAGCAAUCACCAGCAGAACUAGAUAAUAAAACUGUGACACCUCCAGCACCCAGUCUUAUAAAACAGAGCACUUCUGGGGCUGGCAGUUCGAGUGUCAGCACUGCGGCUGCUGCUCCUGCCUCUGCAUCUCCAAGCGUACCAACAAGCACUCCUCCUACGAGCGUCCUGUCGGUUGUAACCACUCUUGCAGUCCCAGACCCCGUGCCUGCAGCACCAAGCACUAAUGGUAGUAACCACAGCAGUUUACCAGCUGAGCAAACUGGGGUUGGUGUGGUGGAGGAAAAAGCAGGAGCACAUCAGGAACUGCUACAAAGUACAGCAUCCUCUCAGCAUUUAACACAGAAAAAAAGUUCAGUUGCACCAUCAGAAAGUACUGUUCAAAGAACAGAACUUGAAACAAAUGCUCCAGUAGUUGCUGGUCAAAGAAAUAUUUUGUCCCACUUUAUUAGUAAUGAGACAAAAGAGAAUUGUGAAAAGUCUAAAACUCCAAAUAGAAGAAAUUCAAGAACAGAGGACUCUGCCGCUUCACAGGAAACUGUAGAGAAUGGACAGCGCAAGAGGUCCUCCAGACCAGCAUCUGCAUCCAGCACUGCAAAAGAGACGAGUGCCAGUGCAAUGCAGUCAAAAAGAAGAAAAUCCAAGUAAAUUACUGCAUGGAAACAUGAGACUUGUAAAUGAGUGUGAAUUUACCAAUAGCAAUUUUGAGCUGUGAUUUUUCUUUUUUAAAUAAAAUUCUGUACAGUAAGUCAUUUUAAUAUUAUACUGUUCCCAAUAAAUGAUUUUUUUCUAAAAAACAGAUAAAUAGAUACAAAAACUGGGUUCUUCUAAAACCCCCUGGAUUUACAAAGUGAAGUCCAGGGUUAGCACAUUAGGUUAAUGUGUUUGUAUGAAAUGGAGGGGGUGGGGAAGACAAUUGUAAAUUUAUUUGUUUCCACUUUUCAUAAAUUUUAGAAUACAGGGUUGUCAUUUUUAGGUAUUAAAAUAAUGUAUUGUGCUGUUGUUUAAGUACUGUAUGUGAAUAGCAGUAAGAGGGUUUAUAAACAAACCUGAUCUUGUUUGGAAAUGUAAAUAAUUUUAUUAUAUAGUAGAUCUGAUGUAUUUGUUGUAGAAAUGGACCAGUGAAACAAAAAAAAUAAAUUUAAGGGUUUGUAUAAUGUGGAAUCCCUCAUGCUCUAAAUAAAUGUUAUUGUC